AUGGAUCGGAGCGGACGGAGCGACGACGGCAAGUCCGCCGCCCACCCCGACCUCGCCGACUCGCUGGGCGCGAUGGGCCUCGGCAGCAACCCCUCGCCGCAGCCGCGGGGGCAGCAGGAGCAGGCGCUGCAGCGGCAGCAGAGAGCGGCGUGGUUGCGGCAGAGGACCGCGCCGCCACCGCCGGGGAUGCCGGAGCAGCAGCUCAGGACGAGGCUGCUGAUGGAGGCAGGGCUCCAGGUUGCGCGGCAGUCCUGGUCGCAGCAGUCACAGCAGCACCAGGCCUACCGGUGGGAGGAGAUGGGCUCAUCGAGCGGCGGCGGCCCCUACGUCUCGCCGAUGGGCGCCGCCGCGGCGGUCAAUAACCCUAGCGCGUGGUACGACACGGCCGCCGCAGCGGCCAAUAACCCUAGCGCGUGGUACAACUCCGCAGGCGCCAACUUCUUCAGUGCGCAGGGCCAGAGCGGUAGCCAGCAGCAGCAGUACACUCUGAGCGCCGGCGCCAGCCAGUACCAACCGGUAGCCUCGCCGGUGGCGGCGAGCUCCAUCCCCAACAUCAACGCCAGCCUGCAGUACCUGUACCAGCAGCAGUAUGCCAUGUCCAACCAAUCCGGCGCCGGCGCGUACGCCUGGUCCGCGCCCGAUGAGGACAAGCGCAUGGAUCUGAGGCUGAGAGCCAUCCAAGCCGCCCAGGCUCAGGCGGGUUAUGUGCCGUACAGGGCGGCGCCGGCGGCCCAGCCACGGCGUGCCCGGACGCUGGAGGAAACCCGGUCGCGGCUGCUCAAGGCCCCGAUUGACGUGCACGUGGUGACGUUCCCCCAGUCCCCCGCGCACGUGGUGACGCUGCUGGAGGAGGGCGUCAACAAGAUCCGGCUGAACGUGCUCGCCGGGGUGACGCACCGCAUGCACGACUUCAUGGACAGCAGGGACGGGCACGCGGUGUUCGUGGCGCUGCUGCGCGCCUGCGCGGGGCGGGCCGGCGAGGUCAAGGACAUCGUGGAGGCCGCCUCCUUCUACUGCAGGCACAACCUGCUGCCGCUGAUGAGGCACGACCACGGGGAGGAUUGCCUGGCGGAGCUCAUCUCGGCGGCGGCGCCGUACCCUAACCUGUGCGAGAUGCUGGUGAACCGCUUCCUGUUUGAAAACGUGCUGCUGGACCUCAAAGGGGACCAGGUGCUUCACCACUGCUUUGCCACCAUGAGAUACGAGGACACCAAGUUUCUGGUGGUCUCCGUCCUCCAUGGCAACACGCUUGACGCGAUGGCCUACUCGCAGUCGCCGGCCGGGUCCAAGUGCCUGGUGGAGUGCUUCAACAAUGCCAGAGGCGACGAGUUCGGCAAACUCCGGGCCGUCCUGCUCGACAAGGCCAUCGACCUGGCCAGGGGCGAGUACAGCAACUACUUCGUGCAGCACGCCCUGGAGCACGGCGACGCGCAGACGCGGCAGCAGCUGGUGCAGCGGCUGAUGGGGCAGGCGGUGGGCCUGUCCCUGCACCGCUCCGGCAGCUACGUCGUGGAGGCGUGCUUCAACAAGGCGGGGCUGCUCAACCUCGUGCUCGCCCAGUUCGUGAGCAUGGACGACGCCCAGCUCGUGGAGCUCGUGCAGGGCCGCUCCUCCAACUACGUCGUCCACAGGAUGCUCGAGGCCGCCAAAGACAGGUACCCCAAGGAGACGCUGGGGCUGGCGCGGCGGAUCUACAGGCUGCACGGGAACGGCGUCUGGCAGGUGUACGCCGAGAAGGUGAUGAGGGUCGUCGGCAAGAUCCUGUCUCGCCACUCUCAUCACGGCCCCUCGUAUCGCUGAUCCCCUCCGCCUCCGGUGUGGUGUGGCUGCUUCGCGCCUUAAUUCUGUUGUUGUCAACAUGCGCACAUUAUCAAUGUUCCUUUGUAGGGUUUUGUGUAGGUGAUCGGUCGAGAGCUUUGCGUCUGUGUGUCUGUGUCUGUGUCGUUGUAGUAGCGGAAGCGGUGUGUGUGUUCGGUAGUUUGUUUCUCUAUUGUGUGUUCGGUUUGUUAGGGGUGCUGUAAGCGCUAAAUAUGUAUGGCAGCGGUACUUUAGACAUUCAUUUCUCCAACAAGUAUUUUCAGACGGAGGGAGUAUGUUUUGUGUCUAGAUUUGAACA